AUGGUCAACGUUCCCAAGACUCGUAGAACUUACUGCAAGGGUAAGCCUUGCAAGAAGCACACGUGAGUGUCGUUCAGGUAGCGUGAAGCGAGAGAUUGGAAAGGGAAGGAGGAGAGCAGAUGAGCGAUGGGAGGGUGAAGGAAGCGAAGGGCACGCACGAGGAAUCUUUGAGGAGGAGGUGGUCACGUUGAGCAAAGUAAAGUGGCAUGGGCGGGCGGAUGGCUGAGAUGAGGAGUGUCGAACAACGCUUGGGACCGAGCGCACGAGCAGCUCGAGUUAGGACAAGGUGGCAAAGUAGGAUGCUGAUCGAUUUCCCCCAAUGUCUUGCCCCGUUUGCUGCAUCAUUCAUCGCGACAUUUCGAUUGCGAUAGCCCUCACAAGGUGACCCAGUACAAGACCGGAAAGGCGUCCUUGUACGCUCAGGGAAAGCGUCGUUACGAUGCUAAGCAAAAGGGUUACGGUGGUCAGACCAAGCCCGUCUUCCACAAGAAGGCAAAGAGUGAGUAGCUUUGUGGCCGGAACAGUGCGGUAGAGUUCAGGGAAAACCGAUCCCGCAGCGCAAUGGUGGCUGGUGUCGGGUGAUGCGAGAGUCGCUAGACGCGCGUGGCGUAAUAGGCGGCAACGUGGUCACGACGACGGGCUCGAGAUGGAGGCCACGCAUUUAGUCGACGUCCGGCGUUCGCUCCUGGUGACGAUCCCAUGACGGAGCGCGUGUCCAUCGGAAGCGAGAGGUGCUUGUUGCUCGGCGGACGAGCAAAAGUCCUACCGAAGCCGAAGGGAUGGUCUAUGUCCAGUUGCCUCUUACUGCAUCUUGAGAUGGAGCGCCAGCGCUAGGCGUUUGCAAUCGACGCGAGCAAACAAUUCUCCUCAAUGCGAUCUGAGCAAGGCGAUCAAAAGCUGAUAGAAUGGCGCCAUUCUCCGACUCACAGCUACCAAGAAGGUCGUGCUGCGUCUGGAGUGCACCGCAUGCAAGUACAGAUCUCACGUCGCCUUGAAGCGUUGCAAGCAGUAAGUCACGCCUGCUCGCAUAGCGCUUCAUGCUAGACAUGCAUACUGACCCCCCAAUUCUUCCCUUUUCUGCCUUGCUCUAGCUUCGAGCUUGGCGGAGAAAAGAAGUCGAAGAACGCUGCCAUCUCCUUCUAA